UGAAGAGCUAACAAUACUCAAUCAUUUACCUUGCCACACAUGGCAUGAUCUUGGUCUUCAGCUAGGACUCUAUCAUCUUGAACUAAAAGACAUCAAUGAAGAUAGUAAUGGAGACUCUAAGAAGUGCUUCAGACAGUGUAUGUCUGCCUGGUUAAGAGGAGAAGAUAAAGUGAGAGAGAAAGGAGGUCCCAGUUGGUCAUCAUUAGCUACAGCACUGGAUAAAGAAGGAAAGCAUCACAUUGCCACUAACAUUAGAAAUAAAUAUUGUCUUGAUAUUAAGGAAGUGGUUGAACUAACUGAAGAAUUCAAGACACGAUUGACUACAGUAAAACUAGAGCCAACAAUUCAAAAUGACAAACCAGCUACUAAUUACUCACCCACACAGAUCAAUCAAUCCAAUGAUGAUCAACAAAAAGGAGCUGAAGUAUCAUUUAAAAGUAUACCUGCUACGAGACCCACAGUGCAACCCACUGAAUUAGAUGAACUUAAAGGUGUACAUGUUGCUGCAAAGAAUUCAUUCCUUAUUCAUGGUGGAUCUAUCCAGUCAGUUCAUUGGGAGGAAUAUGGUAUAAGGAUAACAAUACCACAAGGAGCAGUGCUACCCUCUGAUACUGUACAGAUCACCAUCGCUGCUCUUGUAGGAGGAGAUUUUAUAUUCCCAGAAGACACUGAGCUUGUUAGUGCAGUAUAUGCUAUAAGCCUCUCCAAGUCUUUUGCUAAACCUGUUAAACUGGAGAUACAGCACUGUGUCUCCAUAGAAACAGUUUCUCAUUGUAAAUACCUUAGUUUUGCCACUGCUCCUAGUGAUAAAGCACCUUAUCAGUUUAAACUUGUGAAUGGAGGAAAUUUUGUACCUAAUGGUGGCUAUGGUAGCAUUUAUGUCUCUGAAUUUUGUUUGUGGAGUCUAAUACAAUAUGUACGUACAAGCAUCUCAUAUCUCUCAUCUCUAACUAAUAAAUCAUACUAUGGCCAAGUGAUGCGUGAGGAGAGGAGGCCAGGAAGGGAAUGGUUAAUAAAGUUUUUACUCUGUAAAGAUCUUAAUGCACUAAAGGAGCAUAUUAACAAAGAAUUCAAGAAUAAUGAAAAAACUAAUGAUCUAUGUUUUUUAUUUGAAGAGGAUAAUGGAUACCCUGGCAUUGAGUUUUGCUUUGAUAAACCAUGUCCUAAUGGUUGGUCAGUUAAACCUUAUGACACUCCAAUAAAAGUUAGUCAAAGUGAAAUUGAUAACUAUGGCAGCAUGUCUCCUCCUAACUUUCCACAACGCUUAAUUGAAAUCGUAGCUAAACCUGGUGAAGGUGCAGAUGGAUUGAAUCAUCCUGUAACAAUGAGAGGAAUUAAAUCUGAUAUUAAGAAAUUAAACAUUGUAUUAACAACUGUCAACACUGUGAUUCAGCAAUCACUUACCCCAAGUUUUGAUCCAGUGGACAGCCCUGCCAUCAAUCAGAGACAACUAUUAAAUACCAGUCAUCUUGUUGACAUACUUGAUAUACUAAAGAAGCAUGGAUAUUCUGGUGUCAGUUAUUAUUACCUUGGUCUUUGUCUGGGUCUGCUCCCUCGUACACUUAAUGUUAUUGAGAACGAACGUGGAGAUAUUAGUAGUCACUUCAGACUUUGUUUAGAAAAAUGGCUGCAACAAGCUGAUGAUGUAAAGAGUAAAGGUGGUCCAACUUAUGAUACAUUAAUACAAGCAUUGAGGAAGAUGGGAGAGAAUGCUGUAGCUGAUGGGAUUGAAAGAGAUAUCAAUAAUUAGUUCAAAUUAUAGUCAGACUCUCCCCUGGUCAGGGGUUGGGUCUCAGUAUCGUUGGUGGGCGUGGCUCUCCCACUGGGGACGUACCCAUUUACGUAAAGAGGAUCCUACCUGAGUCAGUGUUACAGAAAGACUCAAAGAUAAAGACUGGAGAUGAACUGGUAGCAGUUAAUGAUUUAAUAAUACAUAAUGUAACUAAGGACUAUGCUACUGAAGCUCUUACUAAUGUACAGGGAACAGUGAGACUACUACUGAUACAGGACCUAUGAA